UUCAACCUUAUAAAAACCACACCUUCCUUGUUUCCCUCUUCCUACACCACCCGCACUGCAGCACUCUCUUUCUUCUUCAUUCUUUAUUCUUUGUUCUCUGUUCUGUCUCUCUCUCUCUCCUUCCCUUUGUUUGGAACCAUGGACAAUGUUAAACUGGUUAAGAAUGGUGUUCUGAGAUUGCCACCUGGAUUCAGAUUCCAUCCUACUGAUGAAGAACUUGUUGUUCAGUACCUUAAGAGGAAAGUUUGUUCUUCUCCUUUGCCAGCUUCUAUCAUCCCUGAGUUCGAUGUUUGCAGAGCUGAUCCUUGGGAUUUACCUGGUAAUUUGGACAAGGAGAAAUACUUCUUUAGCACUAGGGAAGCCAAGUACCCAAAUGGGAACCGGUCCAACCGAGCUACCGGUUCUGGUUAUUGGAAAGCUACCGGUAUUGAUAAACGUGUUGUGACCUCUAGAGGAAACCAAAUCGUUGGUUUGAAGAAAACUCUUGUUUUUUACAAAGGCAAACCACCUCAUGGCUCCAGAACCGAUUGGAUCAUGCACGAGUACCGUCUCUCUUCUUCUCCCCCGAGUUCUAUGGGUCCGACGCAGAACUGGGUACUCUGCCGUAUCUUCUUGAAAAAAAGAGCUGGAAACAAGAACGACGACGACGACGGAGAUAGCCGGAACCUUAGAUAUAUUAAUAACAACUCGAAUGACCAAAUUGAUAUUAUUACAACAACAGACCAAACAAACGAAGAUGAUAAAACGAAACCAAUCUUCUUCGACUUCAUGAGAAAAGAGAGAACAACAGAUUUGAACCUUAUGCCUAGCUCUCCUUGUUCCGACCAUGCUUCAAGUGGAGUCACGACGGAGAUCUUCUCUUCUUCCGAUGAAGAGACCAGUAGUUGCAAUAGUUUCAGAAGACAUCUUUAAUUUAAUUUUAAUGUUGACUAUCCCUUUAAUAAGUUAUACCAUAUUAAUACGACGACCCUUCUUCUUUCCCUUCCCUUUUAUUAUUCAAUUCCCAAAUGUUUUUACUUGAAAACGAAUCUUUGUCUUCUUUUUCUCGUUUCGUAUUUUUAAUAUGGUUUCGGGGAACUAGUUGCAGUUUCAUCUGAGUUAAUCUACCACCCUUUUCAAGAAAA